AUCUCACUUACUUUCGAGGUGCUUGGAUCAACCUAACAGCAUACGAGUUUAUGCCAUGGAAGAUGGGGGAGUUUCUACAGAGCUGUUUUCUUUUCACAAACCUCGAAAACGUAAGAUCCCAUGGCUCUGCUCUUGCCCUGAUUGUUGGAAUCGGUGGUCUCGGAAUUGUUUUUUCAAAUUAUAAUCAGGAUGGAUAGUGAUGACUCUGAUUUGAAUGGUGAUAAUGAAGUAAAUUGGGUGGAAGAGGAGAACAAAUGGCUACUAUCAUGUGCAAUAGCUAUCAAAGGGAUAAUAAUAAGUCAUAAAUUGAAUAGCACGCGUAUGCCUUGCCGCACAUCUUCUCGCACAGGAAACAUAUUUAUUCAUGAAGUACUUAAUGGUCAUCCUAGACGUUGUUACGAAGAUUUCAUACUAAAUGUCCCGGUAUUCAAAAUGUUAUGUUCAGAUAUUGCUACACGUUACGGGUUAAAGGCAACACGUAACAUAUGUAUUGAGGAGUCCGUUGGGAUUUUUUUGAUGACUUUAGCAUAUAGGUGUGGAAAUAGGUUAAUUCAAGAAACCGUUAAUCAUUCUGGAGAAACCAUUCAUGGGCAUUUCCAUGCUGUUUUGAAAGUCAUGCUUAAGUUAGGUGCGGACAUCAUAAAGCCAAAUGCAAAUUACAAAGAAAAUGUACCCGUACAUAUUUUAAACAACUCUCGUUAUUAUCCAACGAUCAAGGAUUGUAUUGGCGCUAUCGAUGGGACACACGUAAGGGCAUCAGUUCGAGAGCAUGAUCAAGCGAAAUACAUUGAUAGAAAAGGAUAUGCGACUCAAAAUAUCAUGGUAGUUUGUGAUUUUAAUAUGUGCUUUACGUUUGCAUGGGGUGGAUGGGAGGGAACUGCACAUGACACACGAAUACUUUUUGAAGCCUUACGUAGAAUUGAACUUAAAUUUUCACAUCCAAUAGGUGGUUGGUAUUUUUUUGUAAUAAUAGAAACUUUUAUGUUUUCAUACCAUUUGAGACGAAUAAAAGUAGUUUGUUUAUUUUUUAUAACAGAUAAGUAUUAUGUUGUUGAUGUUCGAUAUCCAAAUGAUUCCGAUCAUAGCUUCACACAAUUUGCUAUUAUUCUUGACGAUCAGUAUUACUUGUUUAUUCAGUUAGAUUAUUUACAAUUCGUUUUUGAACAACGUGCUUCAAAAAUGCCAAAGCAGCAUCCAUUGUUCCUCGUUUUGCUUUUGUAUGUGUGGGCCCUUUAA